AUGCCGCCGCCAGCCUGCGCACCGCUGGUCCAGUUUGGAGAAAGGUCUCUCGAAUUCACACCUAUUUCGUGUUCUCUGAAGCGCGUUGCUGACAAGUGUACGCACAGACUAUUCUUCACGACAUUUCCGGGCAUCGCGCCCAACCAACAGGCGUUGAACGCGUCCAUCAAUGGUCCCCAGGACAAUCCUCCGCUGCGGCGUUCGGUGAUGGCGACAAAUGACACGGCCCCGCCAAAGUAUUACUACUUUACCAUUGACCACUCGCUCAACUACGAAUCGUUUUACGAGGACUGGGGACCUCUUAACAUUGCAAAUGUAUUUAGGACACUGAUUCUCAUCCAUGAGCUCCUUCAGGACAAGGAGACUGCUGGCCACAGGCUUGUCAUGUACUCGUCGAGCGAUCCAAGAAGAAAGGCCAACGCUGCCCUCUUGAUGGCGCUCUUCGUCAUGAUCGUCCUUCGUCGUCCUCCAUGGGAGGCCUUUCAACCAAUCGCAGAGAUGGAGUUUAUGCCAUUUAGAGAUGCGGGAAGAGCCAAACCAGACUUUGACCUGACGAUCCAGGACUGUCUAUGGGGUUUCUGGAAAGCCCUGCAGAACGGUCUGACGGAUAUGAACCAGUUCUCAGUGGAGGAAUAUGAAUACUACGAAAAGGUGGAGAACGGGGAUUGGAACUGGAUAACGCCCGGUUUCAUCGCCUUUGCGUCUCCUGUAGAGACGAAUUGGAUAAAGAAGCAGAACGGCGAGAGAGUUAACAACUCCGCUUUGGAAAGGCGGCUCCCUACGGCGUUCUCAAACUGUCUCGAAUACUUCGAGAAGAAGGGCGUACAGCUCGUGAUCCGACUCAACCAUCCGCUUUACGACAAACAACACUUUAUCGAUCAUGGCAUGGAACACCUCGAACUUUAUUUCGACGACGGGACAAAUCCUUCAGAUGAUAUUGUUCGCAAGUUUAUCCAAGUCUCUGAUCCUAUCAUCUCGAAUGGAGGCGUUGUAGCUAUUCACUGCAAGGCUGGAUUGGGGCGUACUGGGACAUUGAUAGGAGCAUACCUCAUAUGGAAGUAUGGUUUUUUGGCCAACGAAGCUAUUGCUUUCAUGCGCAUCUGUCGCCCUGGAAGCGUGGUUGGUCCUCAACAGCAUUUUAUGUAUCUCAAACAGCUGGAGUGGAGCAAGUGGUCGGCAAUCGACGAAUUCAGACGCCAUGGUACUGGCACAGGCUCCACGGAUCCAAAUAUUGGUGACGAAAUGAUGGUCGAUGCAAAAGAUGGUCGCUCCACCCCUACAAGGGCAAUCGAUACCACCGUACCUCCUGUAACGCCGUCACGUCAUGUAGCGCCAACAACUGCGGCAGUCAAGACAAUAGCCAAUCCACCUCAACCACGGAAGUCGCCUCAGAAGGGAAAUACCACAGUUACUCGUGAUGAAGAGCUCGACUUGUUAGCUACUCUUCCUACUGUCAGAGAAGCGUCCCCUGAGAGACAAAUCCGGCCGCGGAAUCAGCGCUCUUUAUCUGCAAGCAAGGUCAAUAGUAAGGACGACAUGGACACAAUCACAAGUACUCGUCAACUUCGAUCACAAACGGCCGCCAACUCGUCCACACCCACAAAGUCUUCGAACAAAGGAGGCCGGAUCCCAAAACUCCAACGGUCCAAAGAUACCAACUCUACGCUCAAUACGACUGGCGCGCGGACGAGAACCACUGGACGCCCUCCACCGCCUGCGACGCCUUCUCGUUUACCAAGAGUGGUUCCCGCAAAACGGAGCUACGUGGUCAUCGAAGGCGAUAGCGGAGCAGAAUCAGGACCUGGCGGAGAUGGGGAUCAAGCCAAAGGUAACUCUGGGAAGAACAAAAUGGUUCACGACGGACAGCCAAGUCCAAGUACAGGCGUUCGUCGGAGUCCGAGGAAGAGUGGAAAGCUCAAGCUCGUGGACGAUACGCCGACCAGCAAUGAGUGGAUGAACGGAGAGGAAGCAAGCGCGGUCGUGGUCUCGAGCUCGAAAUCCGGCGAGCGGCCUCUUCUACGCAAUGUCAAACGAAGGAGAAGCAGCUUUAGCUCGGUUGAUGUGGUCGCUUGA